CUUCACGUCUCUUUCCAUAUCCUCAAUCAAUACAUACUGUUCGCAUUUGUUUAUAAUUCUCGACAAACUCUCCACUCCUCAUCUUGACUCCAACAAAGAUAUCCUUCACCAUUGUCCACGAUGGCAGAUAAAACCAAAGCCACCUCAAUCAACAAACCAACCUCAUCCUCCUCAUCUUCCAGUUACGUCUCUUCGUCAGGACAUGUUCUCGAAACACCUCCCAUCACCGCCCGCAUCUCCCGAGUGGGCGACGACAUCUACAACUUUUUAGGUUUAUACUUUGUCUCCCUCUUCAGUCUAGAUCCGUACACGGCGGCGCAGAAUUCGCAGUUCAACACCCGCGGGCGCCCGAAUGCGUACCAGGAACGGACGCGGUGGGGAGGAGUCAAUCGUACGGGGGCCGGUCCUGGCGGUAGUGGUAGCAGUGGCAGCGGAUCAGGCUCAGGAUCAGGCUCAGGAUUCGGCGGAGGUGGUGCAGGUAGAAGAUUCGGCGGAAUAGACGACGUCAGGGCACCCGAGUGCGGGAGCUGUGGUUGACAGGACGAGACGUGAACAAACCGGACGAGCCCAAUCGUGGGCUGGUACAUAUGAGCAUGGCGUGUGGCGUUACAGGUUAUCUAGUGAUAUUGCAGGAGAUAAACACUCAGGUCUUCUAAGUUGCUGGAAAAGGUCAAUCUAGUCUAGCCAUUGGUUGACAAUGACGAUGAAAAUAUUUCAUUCUGAUCUCUUAUCUUCCACCGAUGAAG